AUGUUGCUGAUGAAGUUCCCGACACGCAACGGUACCGGAGUCAUCCGGGGCGAUCAGCUCAGCGCACGGACGUGCUAUGCCACGGCCCUUAAGUCGGUAGCCAGCAAACCGCCAAUGGAAGCCAUGACCGUGCAGGGACUACCGAACAGUAGCGAACUUAUUGACGACCCCAGGGAGGAAAACCCAACGCCGAUGGCACAGCCCGCCGAGGAGCUCGAGACCAUAAUCCUAAACGAGGAAUUCCCUGAUUGGUGGGUGAAGAUCGGCACCAAUCUGGAUCCCGAUCUUCGAAGAUAG